GAUAUUUAAAAGUAGUUUCUAACCGUAAAAUGACAUCUUGUUGUUCACUUCGAAAACUAAAUUACACCUCGGCAAUAUUUUUUCUCCUUUUCGGGUUUCUUGGAUUUUUAUUUUGUCUCGGAUUCUUCGCCGUGCCCAAAAAUGAAGAGUUUUGGGAAGAACUGGGCGAAACCAAGGCAUGGUCUUAUGCCUGUGUCUCACUUUUCACCAUCUACACCUUUGCAGUGUUUAUCUCAUCGAUUCUGUUGAUUGUGGGACUUAAGAAGAAUCGUCGCAAAUACAUGACACCAUUCAUUUAUGUUAUCUACACGGGCAUUGCCUUCACCUUGGCCGUUUCGGUGCGUCUCUUCUUCAGAGGCCUGAAGAAAAAGCAACCCGUUGGUGAGCUUGUUGUCGAAUUGUUUAUCGAUGUGGCUGUCUGCGGUUUUCAAGGAUUAUUACUCUACCCUGUCUAUAGAUAUUACAAGGAUAUCAAGUCUCGACCAUAUUUGCCAGAGCAGCAUACUUUGAAUGGCAACGAACCGGUCAAUAAACCGAACUAUCCGUUGCAGGGACAAGCAUGAAAAAAUAAAUACUUUGUAUAGAUUUAAGAAAAAUUUAAUUUACAUAUAAGUUAUAUAAUAUAUAUACCAUAACAUGUCCCGGUCACAAAGUCUAACUCGACCUCGAAAUUUACAAAACUACCUCAAUAAUGAUAAAAUAGUUAUUAUAUUAUACAAUUAUAUUUAUAUAAAACAUAUAAAUAUAUGCAAUAAUUUUUAUACA